UAACUGCGGGCUGCUCUUACUCGGUUUGUCAUAUGACUCGCGUGGGUCAAAAUGUCCGAUGAGAAGUUUGUUUACUAGUUGGGAAGCGCUGAGUCUAAAUAAUUCAGAAUGGGUUGCUGCUUCAGUAACGACGAAGACAAGCGAGAACAGGGUGAGCCCAACGAAAACUCUAGGCUUUUGGCGAAUCCAGUGGGCAACUCGUCACAGCACUCUUUCCACGAUAGUUAUGGAGGUGCGCAGGGUGGCACUUCCCACCAGAAGAAAGGGGACGACCAGAAUGCUCUCAGCAGGAUACUCCACCAGACGGCAGCGAACGUGAUAGACGUGUCUGCGCUGGAUUCUCACCUGGAGCAGCACGAGUAUGCGAGCCGAGGCAAGCAGUAUGGGCAGCGGGUGUCGACGCUGGCGCUGCCCGCCCAGGGGCCCCGCUGCCUGCUCAGGGACGUGGCCCCCCAGGAGGUGCUCUCCAGGCCCCCCGUGGCACCCGCACACCUGCAGACGAUGGACGACCUGACGAUGAAGGUGCAGCAGGUGCUGAGUGACAUUCAGGUGGAGCACAGAGAAGACUUGGUAGUUCAGCUGUGUGCCCCGCCCUGAUGAAGGGGACAUCCCCCCUCUCCCACCUAGCCCCAUUGCAGUUUGACAGACAGCCUUGUUGAUGAUGACGCAGCAUAUGACCUUCCUCGUUUGCUUGUAUAUAUAUAUAAAGACGCUCUCUCUUU